CUCUUUCUCUCCCUCUCUCUCUCUCUCCAUUUCUCUCUCUUUCUGUAAAAUUUGUCAAGGUCGACCUAGUUUGUUCCCAGGCUACUAAGACUAAUGCUUAUUUUCCCUCUGUUGGAGUACCAACUCAAUACAUUGGGCCUCACGCCCGCCCCCUUACUCCCUAAACAAAACUCAUCAGUAAUCAUUUUAGACAUAAAAAGCCAUUGCCUCCUCAUUCAGACAUCACCAAAGGGGCUGCGGAUCCUUCUGAAACAAGGAGAUAUCUGUGUGCAGGAGCCCCUGAAUCAGAGAUACUUGCUCCCUGACCACAAGUAUAAUGAGGACCCUGCUUCUGCUGUCGGCUGUCUUGUGCUCCUGCACUCCGCUGGGAAUGGCUUUUGUUCUGCUGUCUUCCCAAGAGCUUCCGUCGGGAACGUCCGUCCCUCCCAUCUCCAGUGCGCCCACGGUCACUAUGUCCAGCUGCAAGGACCAGCUGCUGCAGGAUGUCAAAGAGAUGCUGCUGGAUGCUUUAAACCUGGAGCAGGCCCCCCGCAUCAAUAUAAAAGGCAUGAGCCAGAUCACGGCUGCUUUGCGGACAGAACUGAGUGCCAUUUCACAAAAUUCAGAUCACUCUGCUGUGGAAAAGACAGGCCCAGGGUUUUUGAACUCGACAGCAGAGAACGACACACAGAGAGCAAAGACCGAGCCUCACUGCUGCCAGAUCACAUCACAAAUCUUUAUCACAGAUCUGGGUUGGGAGUCGUGGAUUGUUUAUCCAGAGAGCUUCAACUACACUCAGUGUGAGGCCUGCAACCACGGCAGAAGCAGGACCUGGCAACACUGCAGGCAGGGAGGCCCCUCAGCCAAACAUCACGUCCCAAAGGUUAAGUGCUGCUCUGCUGUGGAAGAGCUCUGGCUUCGCUUUGUCUACAUUGAUGAAGACUCUCCUCUGGUGAUCAGCAAUGUACCCCUAACACAGAAGUGUGGCUGCCCGCUAGACCGAGACGCAGAGUAGAAGAAUCAAAGCAGCCCCUGUUAGCCCCACUGAAUCUUCAUUGCAUUGUUCCCACGAGUUCCCAUCUUUUUAAAGUCAGUACAGUGUCUGGGUAUUUGAUUGUCUGUGUGUAUUUUAUUUUAUUUUUUAAUUAUUAUUUUCAAAGAAUUUUGAGCUGGAUGUUGUCCUCGCUCUAAUGGCAAUGAAGAAAGGGUUUCUGAUCUUUUUCGCUAAUAUCUGGUAACAAUGGGUUGUAAUAAAAAUCACCAAAAAUGAAACAAUUAAAACACUGAAACGCAUAGGUCUUCACGAAAUCUCGGAACCAAAAUAUGUUUUAUGACAUUUUGAUACGCAGUAUAUCACAAAAUGAUGCUUUCAGACAUUAUGGUCAAGCUGCAUACUUUAUACUAGUUUACAGAUGUAGGGCUGUAUAUAUAAACUUGUUUGUAUCAUGGUGUUUUUUGGGGGAUGAAAUUGUCAUGCUUUUAUUUAGUUUUUAUCUUACCUGUGAUGUAUAAACCUGUCUUGUUUCGUUAGUGGCCAACGUAAGAAAUUGUGAAGGAAUACUGAACAGCAAUAUGGAGCUUCAUCAUACACAGCUUGCUUUGUUAGCAUAUAUUAGGUGAGGUGAGAUUGAGCUACUUGAUCGACACAGGACCAUUUUCAUAGUCACAUACAACUUCGCUUCCAAGUUUGUAUAACGCUGUGUGUUCUCAAAUGCCAUGGUGUAUGUUUUUUGGUGCUUGGGCUUUGAAUGCAUUUCAAUGGGAUCAUCGUUCCUGUACAGCCUAAAAAACCCUACCAUGUUUGAUCAUAAAUGAAAAACCCAACACCUAUUUAAUAUUGACACAGGGACUGCAGAGGCUAUUAUAAUGAGUGAGAUGGCCAUAUGUAUUAUGGUGUGUGUAGCACAUUUAUAUCAAACUGCUCCUUAAAAUAAUUUACAAUGA